AAUUCCUCUGAAAUUUCCUUCUUAUCAGUUCCGAAUUGUGUUUGUAGAUAACAAAGGUUGGCCUUCGAAGGUGAGUUAUUUCUUUCCAUAUCAAAGAUGAAUCCGACUCCCUUUUCAUCUGGGACACCUCUUCCCUGGUUCCCAAUAUCUCAACCUGUUUCAUCAGUAGCCAAUGCGUUUUGGGAGUCUGGACAUGUAGACGAACACCUAAAGAACUUACAAGAUACAAUAAAUCUCCUGAAGGCAGUGCAGAAAGAACUAGAAGUAAUUCAUCUGAGUAGAGAAAAUAAUGGGUCCAUGGAGGAGUUUGAUAAUGCGCCUGCUAAUGAUUGCCUUCAUAGAUUUUUGGAAGUGGUUAAAGCAAAGAGGAUUAAUUUGAAACUGCAAGAGUCCCUUUCAUUGGAAGCUGCAAACUCUUUGCUUUCUAAAUUGAAAACUCAUCUUGAGCCUUUUAAUGCUCUAACAAAUCAAACAAGUUCAUGGGAGGAAAAAUCUGCUGCUGUCAAAGUAGCUAAUAAGAUUCAGAAGCACCAAAGAAAUAAGCGUUGGAAGAAGAGGAAGAGGAAACACAUUGCAGAAAUGCUUUCUAAGGAGCGUGAAAAAUUUGAUCAAGCUGAUCAAGAAGCUGAUGAGUGGAGGGCUAGAGAGAUAGCCAAGGAUAUAGCAAGACGGAAGGUGGAGAAGAUGAAAGAAAUUGCGAAGCUUAAGGCGAAUGAAGAAAAAGAAAUGCUAGAAUCUGAGCUUGAGCUGAUCUUGAUUGUGGAAAAGUUGCAAGAACUACGUUCCAUAAGAAUCCAGAAAUUGAAGAAACAAGGCCAUUUUCUCCCAGAAGAGGAUGACAAGUUUCUUCAGCAAGUAAAAGCUGCAGUUGAGGAAGAAGAGCGCCAAGCUGCGGCUGCUGCUGACACAGAUGCUGCCAGAGAUGCCAUUGCGACAGCUGAGGAAUGUAGGAAAACCAUCCUAAAUAGUGGACCUGAGUCAAAAGAUAGCAGUAGUAAAGGUGGAGAUAAUGAGAGUCGGGACCAACUCUCUGGGACUGAAAAUGAAAGAGUAGCUGGUGCGCAAGAGCCUGAACAGGGACAGGAAGGACAGGGUUCUUCUGGGGCUUAUGAUUCUGUUUCCAAUUUACCUGUUGAAUUCUAUCACUACUACCAUGGUGGUAACAAUGACAUGGGCACACUUAUCAAGGUCAGGAGAACAUGGGAUGCAUAUAUAAGACCAGGAGGAAGAACUCUGCUGAAUUUGGUUGCAGCCGGAUACCUGGCCAUUGGGUUCAGCCACCUCCUCCUGCAAAUGAGGUAUGGGCUUCCUACUUGGUACGGCAGAGUUGACAUUUUGAAGACCGGAUUUAAGCAACUCAGAGCUUGGAUUAGGCGGUAUGCUAUGGUGGCAAUUGAUCUCAAAGCAGUCCAUGGCAAGGCAAGGAAAGCUGGUGAGUUUGGGCGAGUUGAGCCAGGGGGUUGUAUAAAAAACAGGGGUAGGCAUGCCCAACCCAACCAGUUGUAAUCUGUUUUAUUUUGGAUUGGCUGCAUGAAACUUAAUCGCUAAAGGUAAAAUAUCAUAUGGAAGAAUGCUCUUUUGAUGGUCCAUGUUGAGUCAUAUCGAAGGUUGGCAUAGCUAAACGACCAUCGGAUGGGUUGUGCACCCU